UACUGCGGCGCUACACCGGUGACGCCAUCUUUAGUAAGGGACAAUAAGCCUAGCUUUGUAAAAUAAGUUGUCGUAAUUACCUGUGCUUUAACAUAUUUGUUCUUCGCAAAGUUUUUGACUGUCUGUCGUCUCAGUUUCUCACAAAGAAUACGAUUUCCGGCUUCCAAAGUGCGAAUAUGAGCACAACGUGAAGGACAGUGUGGGAAGUGUUCCGCGAGCAUCCGCCAUGUUUAGUUUGGGCGACGCCAGCAGCUCCAUUUUCCUCCGCCUCUGGUUGUCAAGAAGAUGGCAGCUUCCAGGCAGGCAUGAGAGCAAAUAUUUCUUCACAAAUCGAAUGAAUUUGGAUUAUUGCUGCGGCAUUAGCUCGCCUACCCAUCUUUUUAGGAUUGCUGCAUCAAAAUAUAAGUCAUGACUGCUCCUGGAUCAGCGGUGUCUGGGACCACGGCGUCUGUUCUGCAGCCACGGUGGAAACGGGUCCUCGGAUGGUCCGGUCCUGUUCCCCGACCCAGACAUGGACACAGAGCCGUGGCUAUAAAGGAGCUUAUGGUUGUCUUUGGUGGUGGGAACGAAGGAAUAGUUGAUGAAUUGCAUGUAUACAACACCGCCACAAACCAAUGGUUUAUUCCAGCAGUCCGUGGUGAUAUUCCGCCUGGCUGCGCUGCAUAUGGAUUUGUCUGCGAUGGCACACGAUUGCUGGUAUUUGGUGGAAUGGUGGAAUAUGGAAAGUACAGCAAUGAUCUCUAUGAAUUACAGGCCAGCAGGUGGGAAUGGAAGAAAUUGAAAGCAAAAAAUCCAAAAAAUGGUCCCCCUCCAUGUCCCCGUCUCGGCCAUAGUUUUUCCUUGGUGGGCAGCAAAUGCUACCUGUUUGGUGGACUAGCUAAUGACAGUGAGGAUCCGAAAAACAACAUUCCCAGAUACCUGAACGAUCUGUACAUCCUUGAGCUUCGUGCGGGUUCCAGCGUGGUUGGCUGGGAUAUUCCAAUCACUUAUGGAGUUCUACCUCCUCCCCGUGAGAGCCACACAGCUGUGGUAUACACAGAAAAGACGAGCAGGAAGUCCCGUUUGAUAAUCUAUGGAGGAAUGAGUGGCUGUCGUCUUGGAGAUUUGUGGACACUUGAUAUUGAUACUCUAACAUGGAACAAACCGUCAGUCAGUGGCACAGCCCCACUUCCCAGAAGUCUUCACUCUGCCACCACAAUCACAAACAAGAUGUAUGUUUUUGGAGGAUGGGUACCUUUGGUAAUGGAUGAUGUUAAAGUUGCCACACACGAGAAAGAGUGGAAGUGCACAAACACUCUUGCCUGUCUAAAUCUUGACACCAUGUGCUGGGAAACAGUAUUAAUGGAUACUCUUGAGGACAAUAUCCCAAGAGCCCGCGCUGGCCAUUGUGCCGUGGCCAUCAAUUCCAGGCUGUAUGUUUGGAGUGGUCGUGAUGGUUAUCGUAAAGCUUGGAACAAUCAAGUGUGUUGUAAAGACCUCUGGUACCUGGAAACCGAGCGGCCACAUGCCCCUGCGAGGGUGCAGUUAGUCCGUGCCAACACAAAUUCUCUGGAGGUGAGCUGGGGUGCUGUCUCCACUGCUGAUACCUACUUGCUGCAGCUGCAGAAAUACGACAUCCCCACCACUCCAGCUGCAGCCUCGCCAGCUAUGAGCACAACCCCCUCACUGCCUGUGAACUCUCCAAAGAGUCCUGCACCGGCUACUGCAGCGCCUUCUGUUCAGAGUCUACCACAGACAGCCAUCUUAAAAGUUGCAGCUCCCCAGUCUGCCACUGGAGCAUCUGUUCUCACUGUCCGCCCGAACCAGCCUGGGAAAUCCCCAGUCACUGUAACGUCACUUCCUCCUGGUGUUCGAAUGGUAGUGCCUGCCCAGACCACACAAGGAUCGCCCAUUGGAAGCAGUCCUCAGAUGAGUGGCAUGGCAGCUUUAGCUGCCGCUGCAGCAGCAACACAGAAGAUUCCUCCUUCAUCUGCCGGCACUGUGCUCAGUGUUCCUGCAGGUGCCACUAUUCUCAAGACAGUAGCUGUUUCUCCUGGCACAACCACAGUGAAAGUGGCUUCCCCUGUCAUGGUCAGUAACCCGGCCACCCGCAUGCUGAAGACUGCUGCAGCCCAGGUGGGCACUGCUACUGUUGCCUCUCCCACCACGACCACCAGACCUAUCAUCACUGUGCACAAAACUGGUGCUGUCACAGUGGCCCAACAGGCCCAGGUGGUCACUACUGUGGUGGGAGGUGUCACCAAGACUAUCACUCUGGUUAAGAGUCCCCUCACCAUGGGUAGCAGUGGCACUCUGAUCUCCAACCUUGGCAAGAUGAUGUCUGUGGUACAAACCAAACCAGUGCAGACAUCAGCUGUGACAGGCCAGGCUUCCACAAACCCUUUGACACAGAUCAUACAGGCGAAAGGUCCUCUACCAGCUGGCACCAUCCUGAAGCUGGUAACCUCCACCGAUGGCAAGCCCACAACCAUCAUCACCACGUCUCAGGCAGGGGGCACAGGAAAUAAGCCGACUAUCCUCAACAUCAGUGGUGUCUCUCCUACAACUACUAAGCAGGGCACCACCAUCAUUAAGACCAUCCCCAUGUCAGCCAUUAUGACCCAGCCUGGAGCAACAGGUGUUACAAGCAGUGCUGGCAUGAAAACGCCAAUCACAAUUCUUACCACGAAAGUGAUGACCACUGGCACCCCUGGUAAAAUCAUCACUGCAGUGCCCAAACUUGCCACGGCAGCUGGCCAGCAGGGUCUCACACAGGUGGUUCUGAAAGGUGCUCCUGGGCAACCAGGCACUAUUUUGCGCACUGUGCCCAUGAGCACAGUGGGUGGUGUUCGACUUGUUACACCGGUGACUGUGUCUGCUGUCAAACCCACUGUCACCACUCUGGUUGUUAAGGGCACCACUGGUGUAACCACUCUUGGGACAGUUAGUGGUACAGUUUCCACUAGUCUAGCGGGGGCCAGCGUGGACAGUUCAAAUGCCUCUUUGAUUACUCCCGUCACCACUUUGGGUACUAUUGCUACCCUGUCCAGUCAGGUCAUCAGCCCAAGUGCGAUAACUGUUUCAGCUGCCCAGACCAGCCUGACGUCUGCCUCCGCAUUGCCGUCGUCUACAGUCACUGUGCAAAACCAGCCCACCCAGGUAACUCUGAUCACAACCCCCAGUGGGGUAGAAGCACAACCAGUGCAGGAUUUACCAGUGUCCAUCCUAGCUUCACCAACCUCAGAGCAGCCCAGCUCCACUGAGGCUGCAGGAGCCGGGGAAGGUACUGGAACUGUUACCCUGGUCUGCUCGAAUCCACCAUGUGAGACCCAUGAGACUGGAACCACCAACACCGCCACAACUUCCUCUGCCACCAUUGGGACUCAACAAGUCUGCUCUAACCCACCUUGUGAAACCCACGAGACAGGAACCACCAACACAGCCACAACUGCUUCAGCCAGCAUGUCUGCGCUGAGCGUGUGUUCCAAUCCUCCAUGUGAGACCCAUCAAACUGGGACAACGAACACUGCUACAACGGCAUCGGCUACCAUAGGAGGAGUGCAGCAGGUGUGUUCUAAUCCACCCUGUGAAACCCACGUGACGGGCACCACCAACACACCCACCCAGGCGUCAUCUAACAUGGGUGCAGGCCAGGCGGGCACAGUGCAGAAUGUGUGCUCCAACCCACCCUGUGAAACCCACGUGACGGGCACCACUAACACACCCACCCAGGCGUCAUCAAACAUGAGUGCAGGCCAGGCGGGCACAGUGCAGAGUGUGUGCUCCAACCCACCCUGUGAAACCCACGUGACAGGCACCACCAACACACCCACCCAGGCAUCAUCAAACAUGAGUGCAGGCCAGGCGGGCACAGUGCAGAGUGUGUGCUCCAACCCACCUUGUGAAACUCAUGAGACAGGCACCACCAACACACCCACCCAGGCAUCAUCAAACAUGAGUGCAGGUCAGGCGGGCACAGUGCAGAGUGUGUGCUCUAACCCACCUUGUGAAACUCAUGAGACAGGGACCACCAACACACCAUCCACAGCCUCUUCCAGCAUGGGAGCUGACCAGACCAGCACAGGGGCAGGCACAGUCCAGGUUGUAUGCUCCAAUCCUCCUUGUGAAACCCAUGAGACUGGAACCACCAACACAGCCACCACUGCCACUUGCAGCAUGGAAACAGGCGAAGGCACAGCCCAACAGACAGAAGAGGAAGCAGAAGGAACCAGCAGCACAGAUGUGGCCUCCACCACAGCAGAGACUGUCCCAGCUACCACAGCCCAGAGCAGAGCCAUCACUACUGUCACUCAGUCCACGCCGGCUCCCGGACCCUCUGUAACGUCGAUCUCGUCGAUCGCAGAGGGGGUGAGUGCCGCCGUCAGCUCCACAGAAGAGCCAAUGCAAACUGAUGAGGCAACAUCUGCAGAAGCUGCACCUGCAGAGGAGGGAGCCGCUCCUAUGGAUGCACAAGCAGAAGGAGAAGCGGCAGCACCAGCGGCCUUGAACCUGCCCUCAGAGCUGCUGUCUGAGGGCCAGGGAGCCACGCUCAUGGUGACGGGGCUGUCGGACGAAGAGCUGGCUGUGACUGCAGCUGCAGAGGCCGCUGCUCAGGCAGCAGCCACCGAGGAAGCCCAGGCCCUGGCAAUCCAGGCCGUCCUCCAGGCAGCUCAGCAAGCUGUAAUGAAUGAAGGCGUCGCUGCUGGGGAAAGCCAGCAACCAGCCAGCAUCCCAAUCAUGUUAACCCAGCAGGAGCUGGCAGCACUGGUUCAGCAGCAGCAGCAGCUCCAGGAGGCACACGCCGCUGCCCAGCAAAGCGCAGUCGACACAAACCUGCCUACUGAGGGCCUUGCUCCUGCCGACAGCCUCAACGACCCCUCUGUGGAGAGCAACGGGCACAAUGAGAUGGCAGCUGCAGUCACUAGCGCUGUGGCAUCACUGCUGCCAUGUACCACAGCUGAGACACUGGCUCCAUCUAGUACAUUUGCACCCUCCGUAUCUGUAGCAAGUCCAGCCAAGCUGCAAGCUGCAGCUGUUCUAGCAGAGGUGGCCAACGGCAUCGAGGGCGAGAAACAAGCCCCUCCACCAGCCCAGGUGAAGCCUGUUGUGAAGAAAGAGAACCAGUGGUUUGAUGUUGGAAUCGUCAAAGUGACAAAUAUGGUUGUCACCCACUUCUACGUGCCAGCGGACGAAUCACAGGGAGAUGAUGACUCUGGUGUCAUGCCAGACUACAGCCAGAUGAAGAAAAUGGAGCUGCAGCCAGGAACGGCGUACAAGUUCCGUGUGGCUGGAAUCAAUGCUUGUGGCCGCGGCUCUUUCUCUGAGAUAUCCGCUUUUAAGACCUGCCUACCAGGUUUUCCAGGAGCACCUUGUGCCAUCAAAAUCAGCAAGAGCCCAGAUGGAGCCCACCUGACAUGGGAGCCACCCUCAGUGACGUCAGGGAAAAUCAUAGAGUAUUCUGUGUACCUGGCUAUUCAGAGCAACCAGACAACAGAGGCCAAGGCAUCCACCCCGGCCCAGUUAGCCUUUAUGCGUGUAUACUGUGGACCGAACCCUUCCUGCUUGGUCCAGUCGUCCAGCCUCUCAAACGCCCACAUCGACUACACCACCAAACCAGCCAUCAUCUUCCGUAUUGCGGCACGUAAUGAGAAGGGCUAUGGCCCUGCUACACAAGUUCGAUGGCUGCAAGAGUCUAGCAAGGAUGCUGCUUCAGCAAAAACGGCCCCAAAGCGACUAGGCCCCUCUCCCGAUACUAAGGCUACUGGUCCAAAGAAAGCAAGGACGGACCAGUGAGAUUGCUCUGAGACCCCUCCCAGUCUUUUGUCCUCUUUUUCCACUUGCUGUCCUUUUAUCAGGAAGACUGACCUUCACCUCUGCACCUCUUCAUCCUAAUCUCAUCCUCCACCCUCCAGUCUCAAAUCAAGACGGCGAUGAAGGUGGAGCAAGAGCGUGAAGUCAAAAUGGAAGCCGAUCUGAGAUGUUUCUGUAGAUAAAUCCCUUUUUGUUCUUUUGGUCGUACUAUUUUUAGAGCAACAGAAAUCUAGAAGCACAUUAUCUUUUGCAGUCGCGUCCCCUUCCAUCUUUUUUAUAACUUUUUUUUUUGCUUGUUUCAGUAGUUAAGCAGUAUAGAGAAGCAUUUACAUCUUUCACAAUCUGGGAGCCAGCCUGACCGCAUUGUUACGUUUUUGUUUUUUGUCCUUGUUUUGUGAAUUGGGGGGAUGUAGAGAGAGACUACACGAGUUGGUGUACAGUGUUGAACAGGCUGUGGAGAUGAUAGAUUAGCUGCGAGAUAAAAUCGGUAUGGAAACAAAUAAAGCACUUGUCCUCAGAAAGAGGACAUCACUCUCUUUCAUUUUUUUUUUUUCUCAAAUUUGCUUCAUUGAGAACCAAGUCUGAGCAGUCAUCGUACUGGACUCCAGUCUGCCGGUAAUGUCAUCACUGUGCCCCCCUCCCAAAAAAAAAAAAAACACACACACCAAAUCCCCCCUGAAAGCGAGGACUGGUGGCUGAAGCUAUGAAGUGGACAUACAAAGAAUGGCAAAGGAAGAGAUUUGUGGAGAACAAUGACAAACUUUGCUUGGACUGAGACUUGCAACACACACACAUCUUGCAAAAUUGUUCUCCAAAAAGUUAGCAAGCUAUGACGGAGAUCUGUAUGUGUAGUUUAUUUUUGUAUUUUUAUGUUUUGCUUUUGUUUUUCUUUCCCACCUGUGUGUAUGUUGUGUGCAUUUUUAAGCAUCACUUUUAAACUGUUGUUCAUCCCUAUUGCUUGUGUUUGUGGGAAGACGACGGGUGGCUGUGUUGAGGUUGCCACUAUAUUUUUAAAACGUCAUUCAGUUGGUUGCAGGUUGCUGCAACAGAUGGUAAUGGAACAGGGAGGACUUUUGUAUUUGUUCCAAGUAGAACCGCAGAAGAUAAUAGGACUGAAGGGAUGUUUGGAGAGGAGAGUUUUUACUUUGUUUACCACACAUUACGCAGUGCUUGUGUUUAGUUUGCCAAACAUGGAACUUCGAGGCUUGUAAGGAAAAUGACAUCAGUUGUUUCAUGCCCUUUCUGAGUUGUGCUAUACUUUGAAUGCUCAUGAAUGUGGUGUCUCAGCUCUACUUUUUAGAAUGACAAACAUUUGGCAUUUCCCUAUCCCUUUUGAUGUAUGUGAAUCCAAUUAAUAAAUUUUAAUUUUGUUUUUUCCUUCCAUGGCUCUGUAUUUCAGAUUACAGAUUGUGUGCAAGCUGUGAUUAUGUAAACUCUUUGAACGGGGGACACCUUGGGACGAAAGCCUAUGUAGCCGGUGUACUCUUGUGUACAUUAGUCCGUUCAUAGAGUAAGAGUAAAACAAAAGCAUCUUGGCCUUUUAUAUAAUUACCUGUAACAAACUUUUUACAUGUUGGUCAUCUCUUGAUUGCCUUUUGUGUCUUUACUUAUAAAAGAAUCAAAUAUAUAUAAAUAUAAAUCUAUAUGGUCUCCCUGAUUGUUCUGAUUUGCUUCUGUCCACCUGGUUGAUGGUAGAAGUCCUGAGUCACUGCUGCGUCCAUGCCACAAACUUGUACAGAGAGGUUUCUGACCGGCUGUGAACGUGGACCGACCACGAGGAAACAACCGAGGUUUAGCUCAACGACAUUCUCCAGCUUGCACCUUGGAUUCUGUUUGUGAAUUCACCCCGUUUAUUUCUAGAAAUGAACUUUCUCUUCAUAUGCAUUCAUAAUUUUGUGCGUGUCAGUGUGUCUGUUGAACAAAACUAGACAUGCAUGCAGAAGCAGUGUAUUUUAGUAGUGAUGCCUUAAGUUAGACCAUAAGCUGAAGGUUCUUAAAAAAAAAAAGGAAAAAGUUAGUUCCUCUCAAAGUGGUUACAGUUGUGUCCUUUCUCUUCCACAGUACCUUGACUGGGUCACUAUUUUUGCACCCUUGUUAGAUAGGUCAUCAGCAGUGCCGAGGUCUCGGACGUUUUCCUCCCACACUGGAAAGAGUGCUGUUCUCAGCACUGACAGUUAUUGUGAGUUUCCCUCGGUUGUUUGCAGGUUCUCUGGAAAUGUCCUGUAUUUUCCAAUGUGUGUUUUUUGUACUGUAGGGAGUAAUGUAUCUUUUAUCAUCAAAAAAUAAACAUGU